UCGCCACUGUCGGGGCCCUCGGCGACGGAGCCGGGACUUACGGCUACCUCUGUUCCUGGUGCAGGUGAGGCGGCGGACGGCGGCGGGGAUCCGGGAGCCGGCGUGUGGCAGCCCCAGCGGGUGCCCCCAUGAACCAGCGCCGCGGCCGGGGCUGCCGGGAGACCGCGGGGCGCCAUGAGAGCGGGCCAGGAGCGCAGCCAGGAGUGCCUCCCGCCGAAGAAGCGGGAGCUUCCCGCCGCCAGCACCGGCUCCGAGGCGGGUCGGGCGGGGGAUGCCCAGACCUCGGGAGAGGGCCCCGAGUGGGCCCGGACGGCGGGGCCGAGUGCUGCGGCCCUGCGCUAUGGCCCUGGUGAGGCCGCGGAAGCGGUGGCGGGGCUGACAGUGGACCAGUACGGGAUGCUCUACAAAGUGGCAGUGCCUCCCGCCACGUUCUCCCCCACGGGUCUGCACCCUGUAGUCAACGUGAGCCCCCUGCCCCCAUCCUUCAAUGUGGCCUCACCAAUUCUCCAGCACCCUGGGGUGCCCUACCCACCCAUCCACUAUGCCCAGAUCCCUCCAGCCUCCCUGCAGCUCAUCAGCUCGCACUACACCGUGCCCUACGCUGUCCCUCCCGGCUUCCUGCCUAGCCCUCUCCUGUCUCCUUCCACCAACCUCACCGCCUCCCAUGUUCCCCACUUUGUGCCAUACGCCUCUCUGUUUACGGAAGAAGCUGCCCCUUCCCCCCAGACUACCUCUCCCACCCACACCUUCAACAAAUCUGCUUCUGCAGUCUCUCCCUCUGGCCAGAUGCAGCACCACACCGGGACGCAGCCGUUAGACAUUGCACCAGGUAGAAUUCCAGUUUACUACCAGAUGUCCCGUCUCCCACCAGGGUACUCAGCAUAUGAGACACCCACAGCAGGUGGAAGCCCAGAGUCUCCUCAGCAGGACAGUCAGCUGAGUUCAGAGGUAGCUGCUGCCAAUGGUGGACAGAGGCAUCUGGAACACGAUGUGGUGAGGAGGACCAGUGAGGCUGUGGACUCUGCUGCUAGCAAAGCUGAAGACAGUCUGCCUGGGGCUGCAGCAGUGGGGUGUGGGGUUGAUGGACCUUUCAUUUCAGGUUACCAGACGUUGGGAACAGAGGUCUCUGUGCCUGCUCACAGAAGCACCCCAGACACUGAUCUGGAGGUUCAGAGGGUGGUGGGGGUGUUGGCAUCUCAGGAUUAUCAUGUGCUGGCAGCCCAGAGGAAAGAGGACCCGAGCCCUGUAAACCUUUGCCAUAAUGUCCCUGAUCAGCAGGGGGAGUCGAAGGACGCGCUGAGGAACGCGGUCGAGAGGGCUGCUCCUCCUGAGAAGAGCCGGUCCAGGAGCCCCUAUGUCACCUCCCCGGAAGAGCCACUUAGACAAAGACAGUUAACCAAAGGAAUGGUGAUAGCCAACGGCAAGCCAGUCCUGGUUCCCGUUGGAUCUGAGCCCAUCAGGUCUUCCACUUCUGAAACCCUGGUGGGCCGGAGCCCAGAGGCACAGGCUCAAGGAAGCAUGCUGGAGAAGGACCUGGCCCAGCUGCAGCCCCCCAGCUCCUCACACUUGCCCUCUCACUUCAUGAAAGGAGCCAUCAUCCAGCUGGCCACGGGAGAGCUGAAGCGGGUGGAGGACCUGCAGACUCAAGACUUUGUUCGCAGCGCGGAGGUGAGCGGAGGCCUGAAGAUUGACUCCAGCACCGUGGUGGAUAUUCAGGAAAGCCAGUGGCCUGGGCUUGUCACACUGCAUUUUGUGGUUGGGGAGCAACAAAGUAAAGUGAGCAUUGAUGUGCCCCCAGAGCAUCCCUUCUUUGUGUAUGGCCAGGGCUGGUCCUCCUGCAGCCCGGGGCGGACUGCACAGCUCUUUGCUCUGCCCUGCCACAGGCUGCAGGUGGGCGACGUCUGCAUCUCCAUCAGUUUACAGAGCAUGAAUGGCAACUCUGCUUCUCAGGCUAACUACCCUCUGACAGAUCAGAUGGUGUCUGCUAGGGAGAGAUCUGACAGGACAGCUCAGGGGUCUACAGAGCCACCCAAAGGAGCUGCUGAAAGGAAGAGCCACAUGGAUAGGGAGGGCACAGCCCUGAGCUCCUGUGUGGAGCCCUCUCAGCCUGAGGCUGGUGGCCAGCACAGCUGGGCAGCCCCAGGCUUCCAAAGAUACAGCACGCAGGGAGAGGAGUCUCGGCCCUCCCUGCUCCGUCCCUCUUUCAUUCCCCAGGAGGUCAAACUGUCCAUCGAAGGGCGUUCCAAUGCAGGGAAAUGAUCCGUUGGGCUGUCAGCUAGGGCAUCCCCUGUAGGUGAGCCUCACUGUCAGAUGGAGACAUUGCAUAGAUUUUGUGAGAGGUUCACCAGCCUGGCUGCUUUCUGCCCUGCAGGACUGGGGUUGUUCCAUCCAGUUCAGUGUCUGACCAGGUCCUCUUGGGGAAUCCAGAGGGCUCCAGUGCCUCAGGGAGCAGCAGCAGGCUAGCAGGGGCAGGCAGUGGGGGUGUGCUGAGAGCAUUCCGGAGGCUGAGACUGGGGCUUUCUCACACCUCCCCCAGAACAGAUCCCCUGCAGGGCAGGGUCUGGGCAUUCAGGAUGAGCGGGGAGAGGAGGAGGGCAGACAUGGCUUAAGAUAGCAGAUAAAAUUGCUGAAGAUUUUAUUCCUCCUUUCUCAUGAUGGGGAGAGAUGGGUCCCAAUGGAGCUGAGGGGGCUCUACUCCCAGAAUCCCUUUUCUUCACACAUGCACUUUAAAAGGACCGUUCACCAAUGGAGCUCUUGAGGGCAGGAUGAAUGGAGAUGCUUCUCUGGUGGUUCUGUUUAAUGUCUCUUCCACUGAAUCCAACUGCUCUUUCUUGCAAAGAAUGUACAGAUUUGAGUGAAUUGCAGAAAUUCAAGAGGAAGGACCAAAAGGAUGGGUUUGGGUAUAGGCAAAUAGGGAACUUGAGCACUUGGGAUGGGAUGUGAGUUGGGAUGGGACACAAGUUUUCUGCUAUGAAAUAGAUUUGUUUGCCACCAAAUCAAAUAUUCUUUCCCAUGUUAAUAACUUUAAAAAAGCAAACAUCUGUCAGGCUUAUAGCCUUUGCAGAAGCUUAGCCGUGUGUGACUGGGAUUGGGUUGGUUUUUUUGUUGUUGUUGGAUUUUGGUGGGUUUUUUUAAGUUGGAGUAAAAUAUGUUUAGCAUUCUCUAGAGAAGGAUGGAAAGACAUCCUUUUUAUGUGAGAGAACUGAGACUAUUUCAUAAUUAAAUCAGACGAAAACUUUCCGGGUGGCUAAUUUUUCCCUGCAGGCAAGUUUCCUGAACAAGCUCUAGACAAGAGAUGAGUGGUUGUGCAUGUGCAGGCAAGGUACAAAGUUUCUGCUGCAUACAAUUCUGUGGUUAAUGUAGGGACUCUAAAAAUAUCACGGCAUCACAGGGCAUUUUCGGGGUGGGUUGUGUUAGUUUUUCUAAUUUUUUUACUUUGGACUUCACCUGUACAACAAUAUGGUAAAAUCAAGAGUAGUCUUCACAGUGAGAUUUAAUACAAACAUAUACUAAUACCUCGUUAUGGUAAUAACACUCCACUCAAGUGAAGGCUCCUGUAAUUACACUAAGUUGCCCUCUCUGAUGGUGUGUUACUACACUAGCUCCAACUGCUUAGGUAGAAUUAAAAAUAGUCACCAUGAAAUUGAGGAUAAGAGUCUUCACUGACUUAAGGGGGGUGAAGCACUCCUGGUACUGAGGUGCCCAUCUCCCUUCUCGGCCCAGGCUUUGGGAGGGUUUCUGUCUGGCAUGCAGGCCCCUGCUUGAUUCCCAGUGCUGCUCCUGAUGUUCUGUGUACCACUCCCCCUCUCUCUUCUCUCCUGCAGUUUCAUCCUGUGUACUUGCCUGCUGCGGCACUGCUGCUCUUUCCUGCACAGCCUCUUGGGCCGAGCUGUCCCCCAGGCAGUGCUGGUGUCUCAGGGCUGUUCUGCACGCACUGCAGCCACCUGGCUGUGAGAUGGAGGGGUGCUCUGCCUGGGCACUGGGCAAGUUAGAGAGUCUACAGAGCAUCCCAGGCCGUCAGCCCUGUUCUCCUACCUAGCAUAAUGCUGACUGUUUCUGUUGCCUUUGAAAUGCCUGCACUAGGACAGUUUCUUUUCCAGCCUUAGGUGAGAUGUGCUGCUCAUGCUUCAGUGUUUGUGCCUCAGAGGGUUUCUCCAGAAUGAGGAUGCUGCCCGUAUCACAUGCAGCUUCCCCCCCCAAAUGAUGCACUGCUUCUGAUCUCAUCAGCUGCAUUUGAAAUGUAUGAAGUCAUGGUGAUGCUGUAAUGUGAAGAUUCUGCCUCCUUGGAUGCAGCAGCUGUGGAAGCAGAUGCUGUUUUCAUGGCACCAUUUGUUAGUCAAAUGUACUGCCUGGGCGCAGGUGCCCAGCCUCAUCACCUUGUGUGUUUCACAGUUGCUAUUUAUUGGACUCUAUUACACAAAGACCUCAGUUCAUGUGGGUUAGUGCUUAAUGCUCAGGGUAUCCAGGGUGUCUGUGGACAAAGGCAGAAGGCAGACGAGCCCAGGUUCUCUUUCCUGCCCCUUGCAUGGUACAUGCAGAGGAUUCAGAGCUGUGGCAGGUGGCUAGGGAGGAUCUGGCAUACCUAAGGUGCGUGAAUGCAUAUGGGCUGGUUGCACACAGUGAGGGAGCAUGUGAGCAGCUGAUGGGCGCAGAACCCUUUGUGUGCACCUUUGAACACAGAAGUUUCUGUCAUUUAGGGAGAGGGUCUGGGGAGCCUGCCUAAUCUCAUGUUACUGUAACGAAUGCUCCUCAUGGAGUCAUGGCCACACUGAACAGUGGUCUGGCAGGGCAGACACUGAUGGACCACGGGGGUUGCCCUGUGACAGAGCAUCCUUGUCCUGUGGCAGCUGAAGGGCUGUGCAGGUGCUCACCCUGGGCCUGGGUUAGGUGCGCUUCUGAGCAUGUUUCUGAGCUCUGUGAAACAGGACAGGGUGAAUUUGACCUUGGUGCUUCUACCCAGAGUCCCCCUCAGUCCCAUGGCUGUGCUUGUUUCAGCUACUGGUUCAUCUAUGGACGAAACAGUCUGGGGCACAUCCCAGAGUGGGUUAGAGAGGUGGAGAAUCUGGGCAUCUGCUUGCAACUUGCCCCAGAGGCGGUGGGCAGGACAGGGCCACUGGUGGCCCUCUAGCCCAGAUUGGCAGUGCUUGUUAUCACUGGAAUCUGUCCAUACGGGCUUGGGCUGUGUUGCUCAGUGCCUGCCUGUGGUGCUGGCUGCAUUGAGGUUCUCCCAAGACAGGGAUCAUGUGAGACCAGUGCUGCUGCAGGCAGAAAGUCUGCAAGUGAGCCCAUGGAGGAGGCUCUUAUUUCUUAGGUUUACAGGGAAGGGAGGAGAUAAAGCCAGGAAGACAUUGUGGAAUGAGAUGGUUAUUCAGGCUUUUCUGCUGGCAGAGAUGUGACAGGCUACUCGGAGAAACAGACUGUUUUCCUGCUGCUGUUGUGAGGGGAGGAGAGCUGCGGUCUGUCCUACCUGGAGGAGAAAGGCUUCCUGGCCUCAGACUUACCCAGCUCACCCUCCCUCAGUGGUGGCAGGAGUGUGUAGGAUGCAAUAACGAAUGUCUGUAGCCAUCUGUCCCUCACCAAACAUUCCUUGGGUCAGCUUCCCAGCAGAGGCCAGGCCUGUGUCUAGGCUGCAUGUACACUGUUGCUCCAGGAACGUGAGACUUGCUCCAAGUGACAAGUGCUCAUCACUACCAGACUAUGCAGAGGAAGCUCUGUCUGGAGGGAAGGCAGGUUGCAGAGGCCCCUUUGCCUCCCCUUUCCAGCAGGUGCCCACAUAUAAUGCACUUUUCACAUUAGGUGUCCCCACCCCCUAUCCCACCCCACACUUAAAGUCACUUUCCCGGUAGAGAACUAACAAUCCUUGUUACUCAGAAAAUAUUGUGAGAGAAACUACAGCAAUUUAAGCAGCCCGAAUGCGAGUUCCUGCCCGCAGUAGUACAUGUGCCUUUCUCCAGUGUCACUCAAAACUGCUCUUUGUCUUUCAGGCUGUCCUAGUGCCUGAAAAUUUGCAGAAGCUGCUAAGAUGGCUACAAAUGCACAUUCUGUACAGAGUUUGGCCCAGGGUGUGUUCCAUGUAUGGCUUAAAAUGCUGAUGGUCAAGGCCCCUCCACAGUCUCCACAUCUGUUGGUGGAGGACAGGACUUGUCCCUCGCAUCCCCCCAGGCUGCCACUGCCCCAUCCCACCCCACACCCCUGCACAUUCUGGUUGUAUUCUGCUGCCACGGCACCUUAGCGCCAGGGGAGGCUCUGCCCGUGCCCUGCGAGCGGCGGGGCUGGCUGCCCUGAGGCAAGGAGGUCUUUGUAGAUAAAAAGUGCUGACCCCGACUAUAAUCCCAGUUAUGUAAUGGCUGUAUUAACAUGUAACCGACCGCAUUGUAUCUAAAGCCUUAGAACUAGUCAGGUGCUCCCCUCCAAUCUUGUUCCUGCCCCUUUCCUCCCACCUGAUCUUUAACAAAGCAUUAAUAAUUAUAAGGAUAAUCUCUAUUUUGUUGUGCUUUUUUUUGUAACUGUUUUAAAUAAAUCAAUUUGUACUGUAUAUUUGUACUUUUGGUGAGAUCCUUUUUCCUGUUUUACCAUUUUAAGUCUGUACUUGGCUACACACAGAUUGUAUUUUUAUUGUUAAUGCUCUUAUGAAUAUUGCAUUUAACUUGUUGACUCUGUAAACACAGUAUAUAUCUAUAUAUAUAUCUAUAUAUAAACCAAUAG